AUGUCGGGUACACCGCGCGUGUUGCCUACGCUUAGUAGCUGGUAUGAUGCGCCGAAGGGGGGAUCGUCUAUCAUAAACGGUCCAGAUGCGAAUGAGAUUGAGGUUCUCAAAGCACGACUUGCCGACGUCGAGGGUACAAUUCACAGACUAUCCGAAGCUUUCCACUCGGGUCAUCGUCAUUCCUCUGGCUCUCAUCCAAUCAUCGCUCCACCAACACACAGGAUCGACCCUCAACUACAUACGCCCUCUCAGUCAUCCUGGGAACAACCCCUCGACCCGGCAUUGGCGCCCGAGAACGACGCCAUCAUGAAUGGGGAGUCGCCACUUGCAGCUGCUUUCGUUGAUCUUCCUGUGCCAGAUGCUAUCUCUCGAGGUAUAUUGCUUAUGGAUGAUUGUCAAGAAGCCUUUGACUUCUAUUUUGAUCGGAUACAUCCGUGGACAAUGAUCUUGAACCCCCAUGAAGAUGGCUCGGCCGCCACCGUCCGCCAAAGGUCGCCCAUCCUUUUCCAUACCAUCAUUCUAACCGUCUUCUACUACCGCCCCACAUCAACCACCUCCCUCGUAAUGUACCGCGCCAUCUCCACCAUCCUCUACUCCCUCCUCGGCCCCCUCCUCCUCUCCUCCCAACCCCCCCACCUCUUUUCCGACACCCUCCGCGCCAUACACCUCCUCGACCUCUACCGCCCCGUUCAAUACGACAACCUCUGGCUUUCCGGCGAGACCUCCCCCCCAGCUAUCCAAUACCGUUCCAAAAUCAAUCCCCAAGGCGCUUGGGCUUUGCGAAACCUUGCGGGGCAGAUCGUACAGCGGAUGAACCUGCCUCAUGCUGGGAUUGAGUUUGAAAGGUGCUCGAAUGCGGGGGUACCGACGCAUCCUAGUAUCAUUGCUGAUGUCAGGCUGCACCUCGCGCUGGCAUGGCAUGAUAUCCACGGCGCACUGUCUGGCGGGUCCUCACAACAUAUCGUACCGCCCUCUAUCGCCUUGUGCCGCCUUUUCGCAGAAAAGAGGUUUGAAAAGUAUGACGUCCGCCUCGCAGCUAGUGCGGAGCUGUUUACGCUUGCCAUCAAACUCAUCCGCUCCCCCACCGUCUCUCCCGGCGAAGUAUACGAAUUCAACUCGAGUCUCGACCAAUGGUGCGGCUACUGGCAGCUCCAACUCAAAUCCAACGCCUACUACGACCCAUACACCUGGUCCACCAUCAACAUGUACGGCGCAUUCAUCUGCUUGCUCCUGAAUGCCUACGCUUUGGGCCGGUCGAGGUCGUGGUCGAGUUUGGAGAGUGUGACGGAUGGUCAAGUGCAGUAUAUCACGCAGGUGAAGGCGGGGGUGCAGAGGUUGGUUUUGGCGGUGACGGAGCAAAAGGCGGAUAUGGGGGAGGGGUUUGUGGCUACCAGGUGGGGGUCGACUGUUUCGGCAAGAGUAUGGGAAGAGUUGGAGUUGGAUAAGGAUAUCAUUGAUACCAUGCAGUGGUGCGGAGACUCUGUGGCUGCGGUUAUGUACCCCCACGCUCUUAUUCUCCUCAUCCGUCUCCACACCUCAGGCCUCCUCUUCCCAGACCUAAUCACCAUCAACCCCCACACCAUCCCCACCCCCCAACCAUCCAUCCCCGCCGGAUCACCCCUCGCCAACCUCCUGACCCUGGGCGACUCCAUACUCGGGUCCAUCGCGCCCAACGCCGAACAUCCAGUGGGCGUCAAGGCAAACUACAUUAGGCGUCUCAGGGGACCGUUCGUACCCGAGGGGAUGGCGAGUAAUAAGUUCAAUGGUUCCGGGACGCGGGCGAGGACGCCGAGGACGUCGAUGGGUGCGCCGUCGUUGGAUAGUCCUGGUUUGGCGGGAGAAGGAGGGGGGAAGGGGCAGGAGGUGAGGGAUCUGAAGAGUUGGUUGGAGGUCAAUUUUGGGGAUAAGGUGAUCUUUUCGAGUGGGUGGGGGCCCAGUGAGAUCUGA